AUGGGCGCCGCGGCCCUGCGCGCCCUGCCCUGGGCGCUGCUGCUGCUGGGGCCGCUGCUGCCCAGGCAGGGCUUGCAGGCCAACCCCAUGGUGACCUCCGAGCCCUCGCCGGGCCAGCCCGCCCCGCUGCCCGCCGGAGAGAUCGGGGGCUUCACCCCCGCGCCCCCCGCGGCCCCCGAGGUGAUCCACCCCCUCAAGGAGCAGCCGGCCAACGGCUCGGGAGAGGGGCACCACAAGCCCCGCAAAGCCUUCCCCGUGCUGGGCAUCGACUACACGCACGUCCGCAUCCCCUUCGAGAUCUCCCUGUGGAUCCUCCUGGCCUGCCUCAUGAAGCUGGGCUUCCACGUGAUCCCUUCAGUGUCCAGCAUCGUUCCCGAGAGCUGCCUGCUCAUCGUGGUGGGCCUUCUGGUGGGGGGGCUCAUCAAAGGGGUGGGCGAGAAGCCCCCCAUCCUCAAAUCGGACAUCUUCUUCCUCUUCCUCCUCCCACCCAUCAUCCUGGACGCCGGCUACUUCCUCCCCUUGCGCCAGUUCACCGAGAACCUGGGCACCAUCCUCAUCUUCGCCGUGGUGGGGACACUCUGGAACGCCUUCUUCCUGGGGGGGCUGAUGUACGCCGUGUGCCAGCUGGGUGGCCCCGGCCUCAACCACAUCGGCCUCCUGGCCAACCUGCUUUUUGGCAGCAUCAUCUCUGCCGUGGACCCCGUGGCCGUGCUGGCCGUGUUUGAGGAGAUCCACAUCAACGAGCUGCUCCACAUCCUGGUCUUCGGGGAGUCCCUGCUCAACGACGCCGUCACGGUGGUCCUCUACCACCUCUUUGAGGAGUUUGCCAACUUUGAGCAGGUGACCAUCCUCGACAUCAUCCUCGGCUUCCUCAGCUUCUUCGUGGUGUCGCUGGGCGGCGUCUUGGUGGGCGUCAUUUACGGGGUGAUCGCCGCCUUCACGUCCCGCUUCACCUCCCACAUCCGAGUCAUCGAGCCCCUCUUCGUCUUCCUCUACAGCUACAUGGCCUAUCUCUCUGCAGAGCUCUUCCACCUCUCUGGCAUCAUGGCGCUCAUCGCCUCUGGCGUGGUCAUGAGGCCCUAUGUGGAAGCCAACAUCUCCCACAAGUCCCACACCACCAUCAAGUAUUUCCUCAAGAUGUGGAGCAGCGUGAGCGAGACCCUCAUCUUCAUCUUCCUGGGUGUCUCCACCGUGGCUGGUCACCACUACUGGAACUGGACCUUCGUCAUCAGCACGCUGCUCUUCUGCCUCAUCGCCAGGGUGUUAGGUGUCCUGGUCCUCACCUGGUUCAUCAACAAGUUCCGAAUUGUGAAGCUGACGCCGAAGGACCAGUUCAUCAUCGCCUACGGGGGCCUGCGGGGAGCCAUCGCCUUCUCCCUCGGGUACCUCCUGGACUACAAACAUUUUGGCAUGAGGGACAUGUUCCUCACAGCCAUCAUCACCGUCAUCUUCUUCACAGUUUUCGUGCAGGGCAUGACCAUCCGGCCCUUGGUGGAUCUGCUGGCCGUGAAGAAGAAGCAAGAGACAAAACGCUCCAUCAACGAAGAGAUCCACACGCAGUUCUUGGAUCACCUUCUGACGGGGAUUGAGGAUAUCUGUGGUCACUACGGGCAUCACCACUGGAAGGACAAGCUGAACCGCUUCAACAAGAAGUAUGUGAAGAAGUGCCUGAUUGCAGGGGAGCGCUCCAAGGAGCCCCAGCUCAUCGCCUUCUACCACAAGAUGGAGAUGAAGCAGGCCAUCGAGCUGGUGGAGAGUGGGGGCAUAGGCAAGAUCCCCUCCGCUGUCUCCACCGUCUCCAUCCAGAAUAUCAACCCCAAGUCCCUCCCUGUGGAGCGCAUCCUUCCGGCCCUGUCCAAGGACAAGGAGGAGGAGAUCCGGAAGAUCCUCCGCAACAACCUGCAGAAAACCAGGCAGAGGUUGCGAUCCUACAACCGGCACACGCUCGUGGCUGACCCCUACGAGGAGGCCUGGAACCAGAUGCUCCUGCGGAGGCAGAAGGCCCGGCAGCUGGAACAGAAGAUGAACAACUACCUGACGGUGCCGGCUCACAGGCUGGAUUCACCCACCAUGUCCCGGGCUCGCAUAGGCUCAGACCCGCUGGCCUACGAACCCAAGGCGGACUCGGAGAACCUGCCCAUCAUCACCAUCGACCCGGCCUCGCCGCAGUCCCCCGAGUCCGUGGACCUGAUGAACGAGGAGCCCAAGGGCUGCAGCGGCCUCCCGCCCUCGCCCGAGGAGGAUGAGGAGGGGCUGGUGAUGCGGGUGAAGGAGCCCUCCUCCCCGGGGACUGACGAUGUCUUCACCCCGGGGACCGGCGACAGCCCCAGCAACCAGCGGAUGCUGCGGUGCCUGAGCGACCCGGGGCCCCGGCCGGAGCCGGAGGAGGGGGAGCCCUUCAUCCCCAAGGGGCAGUAGCUGCUGGCACGAAGCCUCGUUAUCGUUA